UUCAGCUGCUGGAGGAAUACCCAUACGGCUCUAGCCGGAAUUUAUGACUUUAAUUUAAAACAGGGUGUGAACCCUGCUAGCCGCGUGUGUAUGGCCCAGCUGCCUAAAUACCCAAUCUCGAUAAUCUGGCUGGUAUUGUCUGGUCAGUUAAACCACAGACAACCAGACAUAACUCAGUGCCUAUAUUUUUGAGUCUAAAACAUCGUCCACAAAACACAAUCGUCAUCUGUUGACUACACUGUGCCGGGCAGUGCGUCAACUAAAAAAUAAUAUAAUCAACCGUUAAAUGAGUAAGCUAACUGUGUUAUAUCCGUUCAGCUGUAGUUAUAUGCAACAGAGAUAAACGUAAUCAACUGUGUAAGGAUAACCCGGCUGCAUCUAAUAAAACAAUGAAAAAUGAUAGGCUGCAAUAUUGAUAGGCAAAUCCAACGGCAUCGCAGAGGUAGCCAACUGCUGCAAUUCGGGGUAAAAUCGCCAGUGCAUGUACAGUUAUCCAUUCGCAAAGCUGUCUUUCGCGGCCAUGUGGAAGUUAUUCGUCGUGUUACUAAGCUUAGCAGCUAUUGUAGCAGUAGCUGAAAAUAAUUCAGAAUGUACGAUUGAAUUUGUGGCCCAGUAUGGAUCUAUGUUUGCAAUUCCGGGAUCAUGUGAGAAAUUUCUGGCAUGCCGAGCUGGCAAAAUGGAAGAACUAAACUGUCCAACUGGCAUGCUCUUUGAUGUGGAAUCGAGCCGCUGCAUUGGUGAACGUCAAGCGAAGUGUCUAACAGAAAACUGGUCCGCUGCUGAUGGAUUGUGCGACUCGGAUGGAGUGUACGUUCAUCCAGACCCUCAUAGUUGCGCAAGAUAUGUGAUAUGUCUCGGAGAGAAGCCCCUACCAGGUCAUUGCAGCCCUGGAUUGCUGUUCGAUUCGGCAAAUCGUCAUUGUGACGUUCCGAUUAAUGCAGUCUGUAAUAUUUCCUGUCCCAGCGAGGACGACGAGCAGGUUUAUUUACCGGAUUCUACCGGACAGGACUGCGCUAGGUACUCCAUCUGCAAAGAUGGUAUUCCUCAUCCAGCUGAAUGCCCAAGCAUGAUGUACUUCGAUCGACUAACGAAAACUUGCGUUCUUCCGGAAAAUGCAUCCUGCAGAAUUGAAGGCGUCACUUGUUCGGAACAAGACGAGUACGUGGACAACCCGAAAAGUUGUUCCAGUUAUUAUGCAUGCGAAGCAGGGUUUCCACACCUCAGGGAAUGCGGGACUGGACUUGAUUUCAUCGAUGGGAUGUGUGUUAUUGCCUCAGGAGAUUGUGAUGAUUUGUCGACAGAUGAGACAGAAAACACUACUGAGGUUGAUCCGAGUACUACGCAUAUGCCGUCAACGCCGGAAAUCAGUACCGAACCCUCCACUGUGAGUUCGACGUUAUCAGAACCGCAGACAACUACCGAAAGCGGUUCAACAAGCGAUGCCACCACUGUAUUUUCAACCACAAUUUCGGAAGAGUCGUCUACUAUGGAUUCAACGAUAGAAAUUACCUCUACGGAGACACAAACCGUAACUGAAACCGAGCAACCAACGACUGAGACUUCAGGAGAAACUGCCACCCAGACGGCUUCAGUCCCCACGACUGAAUCACCAUCAACUGUAACUGACACAACGAUUACUUCUACGGAACAGCCCAGUACAACCGAAUCAACCACUGCAACUCAGACGGAACAACCAACGACUUCCGAAACAACUGUCACCCAGUCGACUACAGUAUCAUCACCUCAACCUUCAACUCCGACGACUGAAUCAUCAACUGUUACUGACACAAGUACAGAGGAACCCUCUACGGUUACUCCGACGAUGCAGCCCAGUACCACUGAAUCCACGUCUCCUUCAAGCUCAACCGAAUCAACCACUGCAACUCAGACGGAACAAACAACGACUUCAGUUCCACCAACUGAAUCAUCAACUGCUACUGACACAACGGUUGACACCACUAACACGGAAGAUCCCUCUACGGCUACUCCAACGGAGCAAUCUAGUACCACUGAAUCCACGUCUCCUUCAAGUUCAACCGAAUUAACCACUGCAACUCAGACGGAGCAAACACCAACUUUAGUUCCACCGACUGAAUCAUCAACUGUUACUGACACAACGGUUGACACCACUAACACGGAAGAACCCUCUACGGCCACUCCGACGGAGCAGCCCAGUACCACUGAAUCCACUACAACUCAGACUGAACAAACAACAGCUGUAACUUCAAACCCCACGACCGAUUCAUCAACGGAUGCUCAGUCAACCACGUCUGCGUCAACUUCAGCCAGUACAACCGACGCAAUCACAACGUCCACGUUGACUCCUACCACAACAAUCGAUCCGGCCGACAUCUGCCGGGACGUGGACAUUGGGGUGGUUCCACAUCCUUACAACUGCUACCAAUACUUUGUGUGCAUUUUCGGCUCCGGUAGGGAGGUCUCCUGCAGCCAUGGACAUAUUUUCGAUUACCAAUCGUUGCUUUGUGUGCCCGGUGAUAGAGCUACCUGUACUUCGACGGUGGGGGCACUGGAGCAUGUGCGAAAUUGAGUUGAGGACAUACAUUUGCAACGGCAAUUAAAAACUUAUCGGCUGUUUCUUUCGUUAGAUGACUUUUAUAAUUUACUAAUCUGAGGGAAGAUAACGAGCGAAGUUUGUGGACAUUAUCAGUGAUUAUAUAGCAUGGUUUAUAGGUGUACCUAUAGAAGGGUUGAGUGGGGCAAUAGCCUCUUUAUAUGAUUGGGUACAGUUGACUUUCCCUUACUCGAAAUAUCCGUGGGUUAAGGUUACGUGAUGUAAUGUCAGCCUAGCCCCUCGCUUCGGCCUAUCAAGCAAAUAACUCAUUCAUUCAGCAAUAAUAAGCAAUAGUAAUAAAAACCAAUAUCACAUCUGCUGUGAAUUGCCUAUUUGAGGUACAAAUUUAGUACAUUUAUUGCUCUUUUUUUAAGAAAAAGUUGAGUGUUAUUUUCAUAUUUUUCGUUUUCUAGGCGCCUUAUCUUGCCCAUCUUAUUGUACUUACGAAAAUCUACACUGCGCUGGCCAUCAAAAAAUCUGAUAAUUGCAUGAAUUGAAAGGACUUAUACUUUUGUAACAUGCUAGCCUAAUAAAUCAAUAUCACUAUUACCGCUGAUGUUCCGUAGGUUAGGAAUUGUGAACCCCUGUCCGAUUUCUUUUAGCAA